GACGGGAGCAGGACGGCUGGGACCGAGCAGCCCCGGGACUGAGAUAUCACUAUAUAGAUCGUAAAACAGCUGGGUGCUUUAUUUAUUUAUUUCUUUGUCUCCGGGCAUACUUUUAAAUAUUUUAACUGCUUUUGAAGUUCUUAAACUGGUUGAUAUUUUUUUCCCUCGGUUGUGUUUUUUUUUUUUUUUUUAACACUACGGUAGUUAAAAUGGCGAGCUCGGCCAACUCGAACCCAGUGCCUAAACUCUAUAAAACUGUGAUGGAGGAUGUGAUUAAUGAAGUUCGAGAGCUGUUCCUGGACGAAGGUGUGGACGAACAGGUUCUCAUGGAGCUCAAGACGCUGUGGGAGAGUAAGCUGAUGCAGUCGAAGGCCGUGGACGGUUUCCACUCGGAGGAGCAGCAGGUUCUUCAGGCUCCACAGACGCAGGUUCCACAGGUCCAGCAGACCCAACAAACCACACAACCUCCACAGGUUCUCCUUCCUCCAGCACAGCAAGCCCCUCAGCAGCAGGUGAUCAUACAGGAGCCCAAAAUGUUGCAGCACAUGAGCGCUACAGGCAUGAGUGCAGCUGCCACUGCAGCGACUUUGGCAUUGAACACCUCACCCUACCAACAGAUCAUCACUAAUCAAGGUCAGAUCCUGCAGGUGGUGAGAGCUGCUAAUGGAGCUCAGUACAUCAUUCAGCAACAGCCCCCCAUCAUGGUGCAGCAGCAGGUGCUGCCUCAGAUACAGACCAGUGGAGUGCAGGCUCCGGUUAUACAGCAGGUGUUGACCCCGCUGCAGGGUGGUCUUCCUCAGCAGACCGGUGUGAUCAUUCAGCCUCAGCAGAUCGUCCUGACUCAGAAUAAAGUGCAGCAGAACACUCAGGUGAUGCAGGCGGCCAUGGCUCAAGGACAGACACAAACACAACCCCAAACACACACACAAACUCCACAACAACCACAAACGGCACAACAGCAAGCACAGCCUCAGCAGCAGCCACAGCAACAAGCUCCCAUGAUGCUCCAGGUGGACGGAGCCGGAGACACGUCGUCGGAGGAGGACGAGGAUGAGGAGGACGAAUAUGACGAGGACGAAGACGAGGACAAGGACAAAGACGGAGGAGAGGACGGACAAGUGGAGGAGGAGCCUCUGAACAGUGGAGAUGAUGUGAGCGAUGAGGAGGAUCAGGAGCUGUUCGACACCGAGAACGUCGUCGUGUGUCAGUAUGAUAAGAUCCACAGAAGUAAGAACAAGUGGAAGUUCCACCUGAAAGAUGGGAUCAUGAACCUGAACGGACGCGAUUACGUUUUUUCCAAAGCCAUCGGAGACGCCGAGUGGUAAACGAACGAAACCACGGACUCCAGUGUGAGUGAGUGAGGGACAUGUCAGAUUUCUACAGGAGGGACAGGACUGUUUUUCAGCAUCAGGAGAAAACCCACACUGCGUGGGGAUGAAGAAGAAGAAGAAGGACGUCCCGGGGAAGAAAAAAAAAACAGCAAAAAUAUAUCACCUGUACAUUUCUAGCGUGUUUUAGUCAGUGGAUCUACGACGACUGCCAUUUUCCUUUGGCUUCCUUCAUCCUCGGAUGGACGUCUAUAACUCGAUAUGAUAAACUUUUUAAUGCCCAGUUUGAACAAAACAAAACGAAACGCUCGAGUAGAGGCUUCGUGAGCGGAUAUAUAUCGUAGUGCCUCGAAUUAGCUGUGAAAGUAGGCAUGUGCCGAUGUUUGUGUGUGUUCUUGUUUAUCGCGAUGAAACCUUCGAUAUCGCCGCCAUGUCCGUUGUCGACUGACUUUACAGGACGGACAUAACGCUGCCUUCAGAUUUGUCCCAACAUGGCUGUCUUUACCCCCCUGAAAAAUUCGUAAUAAUUGGAACGGCACGACGACGAUAUUGUACUCCUCGCAUAUCGCAGUGUUCUUCGUAACCGAUUAACGGCACGUGCCUGCUGGACCCCCAGCGUUCGUACCUGUAGAUUAGCCUGUCGGUUUGUCGCCUCGUUAGUUAUGCGGAUAAAAGUUUCGGAUUUCUGUACUUGGCAAGUCCUGUGACAUGUUGGACACACACACACACACACACACACACACACACACACACACACACACACACACACACACACACAAAAAAAUUUGUUCCCUUUUUAUAUUUUAAGAUUAAGAUUUUUUCCAGCAUUUCAAAGAAGGAACACUAAAACAUAAUAUUGACAGCAAAAUAUAAAAUGUAACCCUGUUUUAGAUAUUAUUGCGGUGUGUGAGACAUUUACAGCUGGUUAAAGGAUUAAUACACUGUCAGUGUGAUGCCUCUAUAGCAUGCAUAGUCCUAAUGGCUUUAAUCUCACUCUCUCCCUGUGUGUGUGUGUGUGUGUGUGUGUGUGUGUGCGCAAAAUCAAACUUCAGCCAUGUCCCAUUGUUCAUUAUUAUUAUUAUUGCUGUUGUUCUUUGUAUUAUUUCCGCUGUAUUUAUUCCCGAAAGCUCAGGCACCAUCACCCACGGAGGAUGAAUCUGCACCACACUGUGCUCUUAAUACAAUUCGUUUGUAAACAUAAACGUUUCUUUUGUUUUACUUUAGAACUCAUGUCUUUUUUUUUUUUUUUUUUUUUUUUUUUUUUCUUCUGCUUUUUUCCUCCUUCUCCUUUUCCCCUGUUGACAAUUCAUCUGCUUUUAUUUCCAUGCUGUAACACAAUCUGAGAAAUGGGCAUCUGGGUUAUUUUUCUUCUCUUCUGUCCUCUUCUGUGAUGAUGAUGAUGAUGAUGAGUCUGAACUCCAGUAGAACUGUAUUUAUAUUGCGAUCAUGCUCGGGUGGAUGGACGGUUUAUCACACCAUUUUUUUUCACCCUUUUUUUUUUUUUUUUUCUUCCACUCGGUCAUAGAUUUUUAUGUCUUGUUUAAUCUCCUGCUUGUUCUUUUAUUGUCUGUGCCUUUCGAUAUUAUUUGAGCUAUCAGGUAUUUUGCGAGGAAGCGGUAGCCUUUUUAGAGUAAAACCCUUAAAAGAAACUGUACGCUUUGUUUUUAAUGAUUGUUAAUAAAUCGUGCGCUGAAACUGA